AAAAGGUCCGAACAGUCCAAAAAAGCAGGGGACUUGGUUCUUGGCGGUCGCGCGAAUAACUAACCACUUGCGACCACGUGGUGCGACGUGGUGAUCAUAAAAGAACCGGCGCAAACGACACGUGGUGACCUGAGGUGGAGUUGGAGUUGGAAUCGAGGCGGCUGGCCGACCGUACAACGCUCACGUCUGUCGCGAGUGAAUCGGCGAGCGGGAGUACACAGCGGUAGCUUUUUCGGGGGAGAGGAGCCAGCGCGCUGUGAGCGGCAAGAAGCGGGCGGGGGGUUAUGGCGACCGCACUGCGCGCCGCCGCAGGAGCAGCGACAGCGGCGGCAUCGUGCUGCUGCGCGCCGAGCAGGUUGCACAGCGAAGUCACGUCCACGUCAGCAUCUUGCCGCUCGCGAAAUGGCCCGCAGUCCUGGGUCGGCGCGGAGACGGCUUGCGCGCCGCGCGCUCUUCCGCUCGCCCAGCAGCGGGGCGUCUGCGCGCCUCAGCCACAACAGCAGCUCGUAGCUCCGCGCCGGGGGAAGGCGCAAUGCUCCGCCCCGCUGGGCGGGGGGCUGCUGAAGCUUGACCGGCCGCACUCGAUGGCCGUGGCGGCCAUGGCUUCCGCCGCCGCCGCCGCUUCGCUGGCGGACCAGUCUACGAGCGUUGCGGAGGGAGGAGAGGAGGGAGAAGGGAGGAAGGUUCUACUAGAGGUGAAAGGGCUAACGGCGGCCAUAGCCGACGGAGGGGCAGAGAUUCUUAAAGGCGUGCAUGCGAUAAUGGGCAAAAACGGAUCAGGCAAGAGCACACUGUCAAAGGUAUUAGUUGGCCAUCCCGAUUACGAAGUGACCGGAGGAUCAGCUCACUACAAAGGAGAGAAUCUAUUUGAGAUGGAACCAGAGGAGAGAAGUCAUGCGGGACUUUUCCUGAGUUUUCAGUCCCCUGUGGAAAUUCCUGGGGUCAGCAAUACAGAUUUUCUGAGAAUGGCUUGCAACGCUCGACGAGCUGCCAGAGGGCUUCCCGAAAUGGACCCAUUGGAGUUCUACGCGUUCUUGACGCCAAAGCUGGAAAGUCUAAAGAUGGAUAUCAGCUAUCUGCAACGCAAUGUGAACGAAGGCUUCAGCGGCGGGGAGAAGAAGAGGAAUGAGAUUUUGCAGCUAGCAGUCUUGGAGGCUGACAUGGCCAUUCUGGAUGAGAUAGAUUCAGGAUUGGAUAUUGACGCAUUGAGAGACGUCGCGAAUGCUGUCAAGGGCUUACAAGGACCGCAGAACGCAGUGCUGAUGAUCACACACUACCAGCGGCUUCUCGAUUAUAUCGAGCCAGACUUCGUACACAUAAUGGAAGCAGGAAAGAUAGUGCGCACAGGCGAUAAGACAUUGGCAAACGAGCUGGAGGUUGGCGGUUACGCAGCUUUGAAAAACUAGAAAUGCAGCUCGCGAGUGAUUCAUCAUCCCGGCGGGGUGGCGCCGUCUCUCUCGCCUUCCUCCUAUUUCCACACACCCCCUCCCCUCCUCUCCCCCAUCCUCACUUUCCGGUUCUGCUUAUCCUUGCCCUUUCAGUCCACAUCGCACACUGGAAGAGCACUGUCAUUGUUUUCGAUGGCAGUUUGGAGUGAUCGGUUAUCCUCCUGCUUCCCCCCUUUCCUCCGCCUCCUGGAAUAUCCUAGUGUUGUGAGGAAUCUCCUACUUCAGAAAUUUGGAGACAGUUGUGUGUACUCAUUUAAUGUAGGACUUGUCAGUCAGCUGACGAGCAUGAGAAAAUGUGUAGGUCAUCUGGUCCAUUGUUGCAUUACUCUCUCACAUCUGCAGGUGAUGGGUGCUAUUCAUCAGCAGGUGGUGUGGCCUAUUCUCCUAUCUCCCUCCACCUGGUACCUUUCCAUGGAUUUAGCGCAGACCCACUCGCCAUGUUAUCGCACAGUACACACCCACAUACUUGGAAACUGACCCAUCCACCUCACCACCCACCUCACCACGCACCCACCCACCCACACACACACACCUACACAAACACACGAACACGCCUACACACACACACACACACACACACACACACACACACACACACACACACACACACACACACGUCAACAGAGACAUCUGCACUCGCUCACCCAUGAAGACACGCGUUCUCUUGCUUAUACGUUGAGAGAGACUGGCAGCUUGACUACCGUCUUCAGCAGAAAGAGAACGCCGUGUCAUUAUUGCUGUAUCUAGAUUGGGAGAUGCCAGAACAGAGUUAUAAUGACCGGGCGUUGUAUUGGGGUGAAGAUGGCAGUUUUGGCGUGGAGCAAGCUCAGGUGCUGUUGUGUUUGCGACGGCGGCCUAGAGUGCUACUGCAUCCAUGAGUAAGAGUUGCACAUACCUACAUAGGUAUGUGGAGGACCGUUCCGCUUGUGAGUGGCCUUGACAAUGUGUGGUUUCUCUCCCCUCGUCCUCGUUGUCUAUCUUCCUUGCUCCCUUGCCUCGGAUAGUCUGUUGUCAACAGGCCUCUCUCUCUCUCUCUCUCUCUCUCUCUCUCUCUCUCUCUCUCUCUCUCUCUCUCUCUCUCUCUCUCUCUCUCUCUCUCUCUCAUGCAUGGGUACACUUGUGUGAAGAUAGACGCAGGUGUCUUUGCACACAUUCUCGCAGACGGAGACAGCUCUCUGUGUCUUCUCCUGGUUCGGCACCCCUUUCCUGUUUCCCUUUUGCGGUUAUGACCGCAGAAUUGAAAUGUGUUGAUGUCAAAGAAAACAGAGAAUAGAUUUAGUUGGCUGUCUGUCCAGGACCACAGUCUUCUGGGGAUUUAAAAUCUUGAUCGCGUCA